UUGGCAGAAUCAUCUCUCUCGCUAGGCUCACAGAACCUAUUCAUCUCCAACACAAGUGUCCUCCAAACCUAUCUUCUCAGAGUCUUUCUAGCAAAAAUGGGAGACACGAUCCAUGUAGUAGUAGGAAUAAUGGGGAAUGCAGCUUCUCUGCUCCUUUAUGCAGCACCCAUAUUAACUUUUCAGAGGGUGAUAAGGAAGAGGAGCACAGAAGAGUUCUCAUGCAUCCCAUACAUCAUUGCUUUACUCAAUUGCUUUUUAUAUACUUGGUAUGGUCUGCCGGUAGUAAGCCAUGGAUGGGAGAACUUUCCUGUUGUCACCAUUAACGGCUUAGGGAUACUACUUGAAACCUCAUUCAUAUUCAUAUAUGGGUGGUUUGCAAUGCCAGAACAAAAGAAAUUUGUUUCUUUGAUGGUGGUGCCAGUGAUAGUAUUAUUCACUAUGACUGCACUUGUCUCAAGCUUUGUGUUACAUGAUCACCACCAUCGAAAAGUGUUUGCUGGAAGUGUUGGGCUAGUGGCCUCCAUGUCCAUGUAUUGUGCUCCACUAGUAGCAGUGAAGCAAGUCAUAAAGACCAAAAGUGUGGAGUUCAUGCCCUUCUACCUAUCAUUCUUCACCUUCCUUUCCAGUUCUCUAUGGCUGGCAUAUGGAUUGUUAGGACGGGAUCUUCUCCUUGCGGCACCUAAUCUCUUGGGCUGCCCCAUUGGCCUCCUUCAACUGGUACUCUAUGGCAUGUACAGAAAAAGCGAUAAAGCUCCCACAGAACCAAACAAGAAGGAUUUGGAAAAGAAUGGAGCAAAAUAUACAUCACAACUACAGGAGGUUAAUGAAGACAAACUUGAAAAUUGAAAAAGGAACUUUUAUCCUUUUCCCAACCUAAACAUGCAUGGGCCUGUGUAACAUUAGGACAAAUAAUGUGAGCUAGAUGGAUAUGAUUAUGGCACUUGAUAAGCCAUCUUAAUAACAUUUACAAGUGUUUUGCUGUUCUUUCACUA